UAUGGCUUCCACCAGCAAUAUUCAAACAACCCCAUCAUCAUCAGAUCCUUCCUCUUGUUCCGAACACCGAUGGAAAUACCAAGUUUUCCUCAGUUUCAGAUGUGAAACCUGUUAUACAUUUACCAGCCAUCUAUACAAUUCAUUGUCUAAGAAAUUUAUCAUCACCUUUAAGGAUGAUAAAAAACUGGAGAUCGGAACACCCAUUAAGAAGGAACUCUUGGAAGCAAUAGAGAAGUCAAGAAUGGCGGUCAUCAUUAUUUCAAAAGAGUAUGCAUCGUCCACGUGGUGCUUGGAAGAACUUGCAAAGAUUGUUGAAUGCAUGAAAGAUAGAGAGUUGAAAGUUUUGCCCAUUUUCUAUCAUGUAGAUCCUAGUGAUGUGGGGAAACCUGAUGACACCUUUAGAGAUGCCUUUGCUGAACACGAGAAAAAUAUUGAGAACAAAGAUAAGGUGCAAACUUGGAGAAAUGCUUUGAAAAAAGUGGCCAAUCUCUCUGGAUGCCAUUUAGAGAGCGGGCUUUAUUUUAUCUUGUUUUACAGGGAUGAGCCGACGUUUAUCAAAGAAAUUGUUAAAAUGAUAUCUAGAGAAUUGAUCAACCUUAUUGAUGAUCAUGAGGACAACCUUGUCGGGAUAGACUCUCGUGUGAAUGAAAUGCAUUUGCAAUUAGGUAUUGGAUUUAAUGAUGUUCGCAUCAUAGGGAUAUGCGGUAUGAGUGGAAUGGGCAAGACAACUCUUGCACGAGGUAUAUUUCAAAAGUUCAAUCAUCUAUUCCAAGCUAAAAGCUUUCUUGAAAAUGUUAGUUUGGUUUCUAAAAGAAAUGGUCUAGUUGCUUUACAAGAAAAGAUCCUUUCUGAUAUGAAGUUGAAUUUUGACCAAGAAAAAUGGGAUGUGCUUAAGGGAAUUGACGUGAUAAGGAAUAGAAUACUUGACACAAAGGUUCUUAUUGUUCUUGAUGAUGUGGAUGAAAAAGAACAAUUAGAAACAUUAGCUGGGAAUUGCAAUUGGUUUGGACCAGGGAGUAGAAUCAUUGUGACCACAAGAUAUGAAUGUUUGUUAACAGCACAUGGAGUUCAAAUUAUAUACCCUAUUAAAGGACUACACGAAAAUGAGGCUUUACAGCUUUUUAUUCAAGAAGCCUUUCGUAACCCUAAUCAAUGUGAAGAUCAAGACUUUUUGGAUCUAUGCAAUGACUAUGUGAGUUGCGCCGGCGGUCAUCCUUUAGUUCUUAAAGUUUUGGGUUCCUCCCUAUUGGGAAAAGGAAGAGAGGUAUGGAAACGUUCUUUGAAAAAAAUACAAGUUCCUAAUAGAGAUAUUCAACAGCAACUCCAAAUAGGUUUUGAUGCAUUGGGGGAGACAGAGAAACAUAUUCAAGAGAAACUGAAAAUUGGUUUUGAUGCAUUGGGGGAGACAGAGAAAAAAAUGUUCUUAGAUAUUGCAUGUUUCUUCAAUGGGGAAGAUAAAGAUCGAGUGGUAGAUUUACUGGAAGGUACUUCUGAUUGCUUCCCUAAGAUUGAUAUAGAAACUCUUGUGGACAAAUCUCUUGUCACUAUUUUGGGGAGAAAAUUGUGGAUGCAUAGUUUACUACAAAGAAUGGGUUGGUAUAUUGUUUGCUGUGAACAUCGUGACAAGCCUGGAAAACGCAGCAGGUUAUGGCGUCGUGAUGAUAUCUUUGAAGUUCUACGGGAAAAUUCUGGAACAUAUAAAGUCCAAGGCAUAAUGUUAAGUACCUCGUCUACACACCAAGAAGAAGACUUGAAUCCUGAAGCCUUUUCAAAAAUGGAUAAACUUAAAUUAAUUAAAAUAUGUGAUGUGAAUCUUCCACGAGGCCUCAAUUUUCUCUCUAAUUGGUUACGACUGAUGGAAUGGCAUGAAUAUCCGUUAGGGUCCAUGCCGAAGAGCUUUCAACCAAGCAAUCUUGUUGAGCUCAUUAUGCAUCGCAGCAACUUUCGGCAAUUACCAAUGGCUUUUCUUAAAUUAAAAAACUUGAAAGUCAUGGAUUUUAGUGGCUCUGAAUACUUGAUGAUGACUCCUGACUUAUCUGGAUGCCCAAGGCUUCAAAAGUUAAUUUUUGAAGGUUGCACAAGAUUGUACGAAGUUCACCCAUCUAUUGGAGCUCUCAAGCAUCUUAUACUAUUAAAUCUCAAAGAUUGUAAAUGUCUGCGUAGCCUUCCACAUGAGAUCAAUUUGGAAUUAUUGAUUGGGCAGAAUAUGAAGCUUUUGUUGGAGUUUUAUUUGGAUGGGACUGCCAUUGAGGAACUCCCAUCAUCCAUUGAACAGAUAAACUGCCUGAUGUUUUUAUCCUCUCGGGGGUUCGGUCAGCGCUCAAGCGAAAAAUGGAAGAGGCAUUUGGGCAGACGGAAAUGGCAAAGGUGCCAAGUGUCCGAUAUGGCUUUCACCAGCAAUAUUCAAACAACCCCAUCAUCAUCAGAUCAUUCCUCUUGUUCCGAACACCGAAGGACAUACGAAGUUUUCCUCAGUUUCAGAGGUGAAACCCGUAAUACAUUUACCAGCCAUCUAUGCAAUGCAUUGCGUAAUAAAUUUAUCUACACCUUUAAGGAUGAUGAAAGACUGGAGAUCGGAACACCCAUUAAGAAGGAACUCUUGGAUGCAAUAGAGAAGUCAGCAAUGGCGGUCAUCAUUAUUUCAAAAGAGUAUGCAUCGUCCACAUGGUGCUUGGAAGAACUUGUAAAGAUUCUUGAAUGCAAGAAAGAGAGAGAGAUGAAAGUUUUGCCCAUUUUCUAUCAUGUAGAACCUAGUGAUGUGCAGCACCAGGAGGGCACAUUUGGAGAUGCCUUUGCUAAACACGAGCAAAAUCUUGUGAACGAAGACAAGGUGCAAACUUGGAAAAAUGCUUUGAGAGAAGUGUCCACUCACGUUGGAAGAUAUUUGAAGAACGACGAGGAUGAGCCGAAGUGUAUCGAAAGCAUUGUUAAAUGGAUAUCUGGAAAAUUGAUCGAACCUUUUCGUGAUGAUCCUGAUUUAAACCUUGUUGGGAUAGACUCUCGUCUUGAGGAAAUGAAUAAGCAUUUAGCUUUGGCAUCAAAUGAUGUUCGCUUUAUAGGGAUAUGCGGGAUGAGUGGAAUGGGCAAGACAACUCUUGCUGAUGUUAUAUUUAAAAAGUUCAAACGUCAAUUCCAAGCUGCAAGCUUUCUCAAAGAUGUUAGUUCGCGUUCUAAAGAAAAUGGUCUAGUUGCUUUACAAGAAAGGCUCCUUUCUGAUGUGAACUUGAAGGAUGACCAAGAAAAAUGGGAUGAGCUGAAGGGAAUUGAGGUGAUAAGGAGGAGGUUAUGUUAUACAAAAGUUCUUAUUGUUCUUGAUGACGUGGAUGACAGAGAACAAUUAGAAAAAUUAAUUGGGAACUCCAAUUGGUUUGGAGCAGGGAGUAGAAUCAUUGUGACCACUGAAGAUACACAUUUGUUAACAAGACAUGGAGUGCAAAUUAUAUACCCGAUUAAAGGACUAGACAAAAAAGAGGCUUUGCAGCUUUUUUGUCUAAAAGCCUUUCGUUACCCUGAUCAAUGUCCAGAUCAAGAGUUUUUGGCUCUAUGCAAUGACUUUGUGAGUUAUGCCGAUGGUCAUCCUUCAACUCUUGAUGAUUGGGGUUCCUCCUUGUUGGGAAAAGGAAAAGAGGUAUGGAAAAGUUUGCUGGAUAAAUUAAAAGAAUUUCCUCAUGGUGGCACUCAAGAGAAACUCAAAAUAGCUUAUGAUAAAUUGGGAAAGACAGAGCAAAAAAUGUUCUUAGAUAUUGCCUGUUUCUUCAACGGGGAAGACAAACAUCGAGUAGUAGAUUUAUUGGAAGGUACUUCUGAUUGCUUCCCACACGUUGAUAUAGAGACUCUUGCAGACAAAUCUUUUAUCACUAUUAUGGAGACAAAAUUGUGGAUGCAUAGUGUACAACAAAGAAUGGGUUGGUAUAUUGUUCGCUGUGAACAUCGUGACAAGCCUGGAAAACGCAGCAGAUUAUGGCGUCGUGAUGAUAUCUUUGAAGUUUUACGGAAAAAUUCUGGAACAAGUAGAGUCCAAGGCAUAAUGUUAAGUACCUCGUCUACACACCAAGAAGAAGACUUGAAUCCUGAAGCCUUUUCAAAAAUGGAUAAUCUUAGAUUAAUUAAAAUAUGUGAUGUGAACCUUCCACAAGGCCUCAAUUCUCUCUCUAAUUGCUUACGACUGAUGGAAUGGCACCAAUAUUCUUUGGGGUCCAUACCGGAGAGUUUUCAACCAAGCAAUCUUGUUGAGCUCAUUAUGCAUCGCAGCAACUUUCGGCAAUUACCAAUGGCUUUUCUUAAAUUAAAAAAGUUGAAAGUCAUGGACUUUAGUGGCUCUGAAAACUUGAUGAUGAUUCCUGACUUAUCUGGAUGCCCAAGUCUUCAAAAGUUAAUUUUUGAAGGUUGCCCAAGAUUGGACAAAGUUCCCCCAUCUAUUGGAGCUCUCAAGCAUCUUAUACUAUUAAAUCUCAAAGAUUGUAAAUGUCUGCGUAGCCUUCCACGUGAGAUCAACUUGGAAUCAUUGAAUCUUUUGAUCUUAUCGGGUUGUUCAAGUUUCAAUAAGUUUCCAGAGAUUGGGCAGAAUUUGUCAGAGCUUUAUUUGGAUGGGACUGCCAUUGAGGAACUCCCAUUAUCAAUUCAACAUCUAACCGGCCUGACAUUAAUAAAUCUUGGAGAGUGCAAAAAGCUUUCGGUUUUUCCGAGUGACAUUUGUCGUUUACCUGCUCUUAAAACUCUCAUUCUCUCUGGAUUAACCACCACCUGGUCAUUGCUGAACUUUUUUUCAGGGUUGACCUCUUUAGUAACUCUGGAUCUAAGUGACUGCAACCUAUUGGAUGGAGCACUUCCGGACAAUCUUAGUAGCUUAUCCUCCUUGGAGGAUCUGAAUUUGAGCAGAAACAAUUUCACAUGCUUGCCAGACAGCAUUUCUCAACUUCCAAAGCUUAAAUAUCUUUGGUUGUAUAAUUGUAGCAGGCUUCAGUCAUUGCCAAAUCUUCCCUCAACUACACAAGUUGUAAUCACUCAAGAAUGGACUUCACCCCAAGGACAUUCCAAUCAAGUUGUUGGGUCGACUUCAGCAGGGGGGUUAAUAUCUGACUAUGUGUUGGAGGAGGCGUCGCCGGUUGGGUCAGUGCGCAAGCGAAAAAUGAAAGAGGCUUUUGGGACCGCGUAG